AUGGCUAUGGAGUCACCAGCACUCGCUGAAGCCCUGAUUGCAUACUCGUCUGGCCACAUGUCGCAUUCGGACCCAAGCUAUACCACAGUAUCACUCGCAGCACGGUCCAGAGCCUUGUGUGAACUGUCAAUGACGAUCAGCCGGCCAGAUCAAACUGCUUCAGUCAUUGAAACCGCAUUAUCCGCUUGUCUCAUUCUCUUGACUUCUGAAGUGUGUUUGGGAAGUCACCAGAGUUGGUACAACCACCUCAUCGGCGCCAAACAUCUCAUUGCGUGUGCUCAAAGCCAGGCUGAUGGGUCGCUUGUGGAGGGAGCUCAGGCACUGAGGUUGACAUCAGAGGGGCGAUGGAUUCUGCGCAACUUUGCGUACCACGACAUCAUUGGUAGUGUAACACUGGGAACAAAACCUCUGCUCUGUCCCGAGUAUCUCAAGGGUAUCACGCAUGAGUUCGACACGUAUUUGGGUGUUGCUUCACAGAUUCUUGUCUAUAUAGGCCAAAUAACCUGUUUGGAUCUCAGCACGACCGAUGUUGAGAUAGGCGUUCACCCGUCAAGGAACUUUCUCAGCGUCCAGCACGAGAUCGGAAGCUGGACCUGUCCUGCUGGCACUUCACGAAUCUUUCAGUCUGUAGCCUAUGCAUACCGCGGCGCUGCGCUUAUCUAUCUCUACCGAAAAAUGCGCCGUCAUCUUGAAGCAGAUCCUGGCUCUUUUCUCGCCUGUGGGACGUCAUUGAACACCGUUAAUGAUAAACUUCAGAUGGCCGUGGAGAAUACUUUGGAUAGCAUUGGCCAAGUACCCGAAAACGACGUUUCCGAGUCCUCGCUGCUGUUUCCUCUGUUUAUUGUUGGAGGUGAAGUUGAACGUACUGAUCAAAUGGAAUUUGUUCGAGCAAGGUUACAAGUGUCAUAUAACAAGCGAAAGUUUCGUAAUAUUUCGCGAGCAUUAGAAGUCCUGGAGGAGCUGUGGGUUUAUCGCCAGAUUCAGGAUGUCUUGGGCGGAAACCGACCUGAUUGGGAGGAUAUUUUGAAGUCUAGCUCAGAGCCACUACUUCUGACAUGA